GCCAUUUUGACAGGUCAUAGCUCAUUGGUGGAAAAAAAACACAGGCGAUGACAGAUAGCAUUAGUCGUAACAAAAACACACAAACUACGCGUCGUAUUUUUGUCGAAAAAAAUCUAUAAUUUUGUUUCGAAUUUUGUGCCGUAAAAGUUGAGAAAUAAAUCAUGGGUUGUGAUGGCGGAACUAUUCCAAGACGCGAUGAAUUGGUGCGCGUUAAAAAGAAGCCAGAGCAGAAAGACAAGGAGGCUGAAAUGGCAUAUCGUUGGCGACACUGUGCUUUGACGCAAGAGCGUUUGCAAGAGCCGAUUGUAAUGUGUGGAUUGGGACGACUGUAUUCAAAGCAGAAUGUGAUUGAGCAACUUUUGGACAAGGAUAACGAAAUGCCCGAUACAUGUAAACAUAUCAAAUCGUUGAAGGAUGUUCGUGACUUGCACUUAACGCCAAAUCCAAUUUACAAGGAUGAAGACAAAACCGAAGGACUAUUAGACACACGUAGCGCACCAUACAUUUGCAAGUUAAUCGGUUUAGAAAUGACCGGUAAAUUUCGAUUCAUCGCCUUGUGGUCAUGCGGUUGUGUGUUUUCCGAACGUGCACUCAAGGAGAUUGGAGCAAAAAUAUGUUCGUUGUGCCAAACCCCAUUCACCGACGAAGACAUUGUCAUUUUGAACGGCACCGACAGUGAAAUGGAAGAGAUGGCCGAAAAAAUUGAAUUGCGCGCUGUACGUCGUAAAGCUGAUAAGAAGAGUAAAAAAGAGUCGAAAAAACAAAGUGCAACAUCGAUACCAACGUCAACAGUAACAUCGGCUACUUCAACGAGCGUUAAACCAGAACCCUUUGACGCAACCAGCGUAUCAGAGCAAGAUUUAAAGCCGAUUGUGUCAAUGAAAAUCAUAAAAACCGAACUGAUAAAGCCAGAGUCAUUGACGAAUGAGGAGAAAGCGGGUCCAUCAGGUAGCAGUAAAUUGUUGUCAAAAUCGAUGAAACGAGUUGGUGCCAAAGAAGCCUUACUCGAUCCAGCAUUGAAAAAACUCAAGGAGGACAGUCAAGUACAGAAUGAUCCAAAGGCAACGGCCGUGUACAAAUCUCUUUUCACAUCGCAUGAAAGUGCUCAACAACAGGAUCGUGCCCAUUGGGUCACAUAUAAUCCAUUUUAUAACUAAACUGAUUCCCGUUUCGUUUAUGACUUCAAUAAAUCCUAAUUCACUGUCACUUUUAUACAUUUUAAGCAAAUACAAUUGUACGACUGUCGAAAUGUAGGCAAUAAAACCGAAUGAUAUACUGCA